AUUCAAUCUUCUUUAAAUCAUUUGGUUGUGCUAUAUUCACAAGAAAAAAGAGAAUAAUUUAUGACAAUGCUUAAUUCGCUACCUGCUUCAAUAUGCAUUUUUCAUGGUCAUGGCCUUCAAACUUCUAAUAGAUCAGCGGCAGCAGCUCAUCAUCAACCGUCAUCGUUUCGUCUAAUGUGUAGUCAAACAACAACAAUGAGCAGAAGAAGAUCUGGGGAUUAUGCGCCUCCUACUUGGGAUUACACUUACCUUCAGUCCUUCAACACUAAUAACUAUACAGAUAACUUUCCAUUUAGGGAAAUGGGAACUUUCCAACGGGACAUCCAAAAAAGGAAAGCGGGAACAUUCCAACGGGACGGAGGAAACUGAGAGGUACGUGACAAGACGUGAUGAGUUGAAGAAAAAGGUUCAAAAUAUGUUGAAUAAUCAAGAGAUGGAAGAGUUGGAGAAAAUGGAGUUGAUUGAUGAUUUGCAAAGGCUGGGAUUGGCUUACCAUUUUGAGGAUGAAAUAACGGCAGCUUUGAAGAGAAGUAAAGGUUGCAGCCAAAAGGGGAAAGAUAAUCUCUCUUCCACAGCUCUCAAAUUUAGACUGUUCAGGCAAAAUGGCUUCUGUCCCUCUCAAGAUGCAUUUGAUGGUUUCCUGGAGGGAAGUGGAGGCAAUUUCAAGACAGACAUUUGCGAAGAUACCAAGGGAUUACUAAACUUAUACGAAGCAUCCUUUCUAUCCAUGGAAGGUGAAACCAUGUUGGAUUUGGCCAGAGACUUCUCCACCAAACACCUCAAACGGGCGGCCGCCGGCUUCAGAACCGUCGAGCCAAACCUUUUGGUGGCCGUUCAACGGGCGUUGGAAAUGCCUUUGCAUUGGAGGGUACAGAGGCUGGAGGCCAAUAUUAACAUUCACUUAUACCAAGCAAAACCGAACCAUAAUCCUCUCCUCUUGGAAUUAGCUAAACUGGACUUCAACCUUGUUCAAACUUUGCACCAACAUGAAUUGAAAUUCGUGUCAAGGUGGUGGGAGAGUUCAUAUAUUGGAGAAAGAAUGAAGUUUGCGAGAGAUAGAGUGGUAGAGAAUUUCUUUUGGGCGGUAGGAAUACAUAGCAACCCCAGGAAAUCCAACGCCAGAAGAAUGCAGGCAAAGCUUAUUUGUCUCCUUUACACAGUUGAUGAUAUGUAUGAUAUAUAUGGUACUCCGGAUGAAUUGCAAGCCUUCACUGAUGCCAUUGAAAGCAUUUGGCCGCGCAAGGGGCGAUAGUCCAUGCCCAAUACUUCAGAUGGAGCGACAUAACAGAAAUUGCACAUCUUCCCGAGUAUAUGAAGCCAUUGUAUUCUGCACUCCACAACCUUGUAAAUGAAGUGGCAAAUGAUGCCUGCGAAAAACAAGGCAUUCUUGCCUCCCGUUAUAUAAGAAAAGCGUGGUUGGAUCUUUGCAAAUCACACUUACAAGAGGCACAAUGGUUCCACAGUGGGUACACGCCAUCAUACGAAGAAUACAUUCAAAAUGCAUGCAUUUCAACAGCAGUUCCUCUGGUAAUAGUUCAUGUUUUCAUUUGGGUCAACAACCCUUUGGAUGAGCAAGCCUUACACUGCCUCUCAGAGCAUUAUCAUGACAUUGUUCAUUUCACAUCUUUGAUUCUCCGCUUAUCAAAUGACAAAGCAACCUCUACUAAUGAAAUGAAAAGAGGCGAUACACCAAAAGCUGUGGAAUGUUACAUGAAUAGUGCUAAAGUCUCUAUCCAUGACGCUCAAGAUAACAUCAAUUCUCAAAUAAAUGAGGCAUGGAAGAAGAUGAAUAAGAUUGGAUUUGAAGAUAACCCGGCCUUUUCCAAAAUAUUCAUUGAAAUCUCAAAAAAUGUUGCUAAAGUGGCUCAGUACAUGUAUCAACAUGGAGAUGAUGACCAUGGGGCGAAGUCUAUAUUUUUCGAACCUAUUCCUUAAGAUUAAGCUAGUUUUCCAAAUAGUUUAUGACACAAAUAAUUUUGAUUGAAUAUUGAAAUUUCUAAUCUGGGGGUUAUAAUUUUUAGUGUGAUAUAUACCCGUGUGAAAGAUUUCAAUGUUAUAAAUGUCAUCCAUAUUGUACAAGUGUUGGUUAUGUGUUCCUUCCGUUAAAUUGAAUGACACAUUAAUUUUUGUUUGUAACUUCGAAU